AUUGCCACAGAAGCCAUUGAAAAUAUUAGAACUGUUGCUAGUUUGACCCGAGAAAGAAAAUUUGAGUUGAUGUACAGAGAGCACUUGUGUGGACCAUACAGAAAUUCUGUGAAGAAGGCACAUAUAUUCGGCUUUUGUUUUGCCCUUUCACAAGCUAUGAUGUUCUUUACCUAUGCUGGCUGUUUCCGGUUUGGUGCCUAUCUGGUGGCAAAUGCAUACAUGGAAUAUAAAGAUGUGUUUUUAGUGUUUUCAGCUGUUGUAUUUGGUGCAAUGGCAUUAGGACAAAGCAGCUCUUUUGCUCCGGACUAUGCCAAAGCCAAGAUAUCAGCAGCCUACUUGUUUCUGCUCUUUGAAAGCGUACCCUCAAUAGACAGUUACAGCGAGGAAGGAAGGAAGCCUGAAACAUUUGGUGGAAACGUAAUGAUCAAAGAUGUGGUAUUUAACUACCCAAACCGACCAGAAGUCAAAAUCCUACAAGGUUUGAAUCUACAAGUAGAAAAAGGACAAACUCUGGCUCUUGUUGGCAGCAGUGGCUGUGGAAAGAGCACAGUUGUUCAGCUGCUUGAGAGAUUUUAUGAUCCACUCAAUGGAGAAAUGCUUUUUGAUGGCCAAAAUGCAAAGACACUAAACCUCCGUUGGCUGAGAGCGCAGAUCGGCAUCGUCUCACAAGAGCCCAUCCUGUUUGACUGCACCAUUGCCGAAAACAUCGCCUACGGGGAUAACAGCCGGCAGGUCUCGCACGAGGAGAUCGUCAGUGCAGCUAAAGAAGCCAACAUCCAUUCCUUCAUUGAAUCCCUGCCAGAUAAAUACAGCACACGUGUGGGAGACAAAGGAACUCAGCUCUCCGGUGGUCAGAAACAACGUAUCGCUAUCGCCCGAGCUCUCAUACGGCAGCCCCAGAUCCUGUUACUGGAUGAAGCCACCUCUGCCUUAGAUACAGAAAGUGAAAAGAUAGUGCAGGAGGCGCUGGAUAAAGCCAGAGAAGGCCGCACCUGCAUCGUGAUAGCUCACCGCCUCUCCACCAUCCAGAGCGCCGACAAGAUCGCUGUCAUCCAGAACGGCAAGGUCGUAGAGCAAGGGACCCACCAGCAGCUCCUGGCCGAAAAAGGCAUCUACUAUUCUCUGGUCAAUGUUCAGAGUGGGUCGUGCAACAUGUAAAUUAAAGGCAGUAUUUAUCUCUGAAUUGUCACUGUAAUUAUUUCAGUACU